UCUAUGAUGGCAGUGAUUAUCUUGGGUGGUCACGUCACAGCGGGAUGUGAUGCUGAAUAAAUGCGAUGCAGCCGUGCCUUACGGAAUCAGCCGUUAGAAACUACAAACAGCAGGAUACAAAGUUUUCAUUUUUGCUGACAUUAAUUAAACAUGAGUAUCAAUCAUUGGGACCUUGCAUAAUGAGGUCACUCUGCUGUGUGGGUGUCUUUAAAAGUUUAAAAGAAGUUGAAGCAGAGUUUGGGCUCAGUUAGGAGGGACUCUCAGUAUGACUACAGCAGGACAACAGGUGAAUGCAGAAGUUCACACAAUGUCGCAGACUUUGUUUUGUAAAUGUUAGCAUUAUUGUGAAUUUGAAAAGGAAAUGAUGCAUUUAGGGAUGUUUAUAUCAAUUGUUUCCAUGAUAAUGAAUCUGUUUAGCAUCACUACACUGACUUCUGUUCAUAUGUGCUUUAUGAUUAAGUUGAAAAUCGUGCCAUACAAGUCCAAGUUGAAGCUAGUUAAGUUUUUACAAAUCCAUAACCAAAGAUAAAAUAAUUAUUGCUUGGUGUGUACAGUGGAAUUGAGCGAUCAUGGUAAACUCUACACAGGUUUCAUAUUUCACACUCGCUGCCUACUUUGACUCUGGAACUUUUAAGUACUUAUAUUUUAUGAUUGUCAUGUCUUUAUAUUUGUUUAUUGUCGGUGUCAAUGUUUUGCUCAUUGUGAUUAUCUGUAUGAACAGAAGCUUACAUGAACCUAUGUACAUAUUUCUGUGCAGCCUGUUUGUAAAUGAACUGUAUGGUAGUACAGGGUUGUUUCCAAUGCUUCUGGUUCAGAUUCUCUCUGAAGUACAGACAGUUUCUGUUCCCUUUUGUUUCCUGCAGAUUUACUGUGUACACUCGUAUGGAGCUGUAGAAUAUUUAAACUUAGCCGUUAUGUCUUAUGACAGAUAUCUCGCUAUCUGUUAUCCUCUACAAUAUAACACACGAAUGACAUCUAACAAGAUUGCUGUGCUAAUUGCUCUAACAUGGUUAUACCCUUUGCUUUCAUGUCAUAUAUAUGUAAUAUAUUUGAGUACCCAUUCACAGCUGUGUGGGAACAUCAUUUACAAAGUUUACUGUGACAGCCACUCUGUUGUCAAGCUGGCAUGCUCGUACAACCAGGUAGUUAAUAUAAAUGGGCUUAUUGUAUCUUUUGGGACAAUCUUUGGUGCUUUGAUUUUUAUCAUUUUCUCUUACAUGAAGAUUUUUCUAGUUUGUUUUUCUGGUUCCAAACAGACCAGACAAAAAGCUGUCAGUACCUGCACACCUCACCUUGCUUCUCUCUUUAACUUUUCUGUCGGGGCUAGUUUUGAAUUAAUCCAGAGCAGGUUUAAUAUGAACACUGUACCCAAUAUCAUGCGCAUAUUUUUAUCAUUAUACUUUCUUACAUGCCAGCCGCUCUUCAACCCUGUAAUGUACGGCCUGAAUCUGUCCAAAAUCCGUGUCAUAGGUAAAAGUCUGAUCAAAUCAAAAGCUCUUAAGUCAUAUAACAAAUUUACUCAUUAGCUUUAAUUAAACAGACCUUUAAAGUAUUCUAAUGUAGAACUUUGCAUUCUGUUGUGUGACAAAUAAAUUAACUCAACUGUUAAAACCUGUUUUCCUUGUGUAAAUAGAGGGACAUACAAGCACAAUACUAAUAAUAAAACUGUACAUCCAAUUUGGAAAUGUGUCAAAUUGAGAAAUGAGAUUAAUGUAUUUAAUUCAAUUAGGGUUAGAUCAAAAAAUUAAAUUUACUAUUAAAACUAGCUAUUUAUAUUUAUAUCACAGAUAUAUCACAUUAUAUCAAUGAUUCAAUUCAAUUUUAUGCAUAUAGCUCAAUUUAAUAACAAAAGUUAUCUCAGGACACUUUUAAAAUAGAGUAGGUCUACCAUUCUCCAAAUGAGUAUAACUCUUAAUGGGAUGCUAAUGUAUUCUACCUCAACAAGGCCUUGUCACCAGUAGACAUUAAAAAUGUGAAAAUCAUGUGUAUGCCCAAUGAUAAUAUAUUUUUAUAAUGUAAAUUUACUUAGAUUUAUUAUGUUUUAAUUUAUUUCUUAAUUUCAGUUUUAAUAUUUGUUGAUUUGUUUCCUAACUCUUCAACCUGUGCGACUGUAACCCCUCGAAUUUCUCCACAAUAAAGACGUUUUUAUUUGUAUUGAACAA